AGGGUUUGAUAGUCUGUUUACAGAGGAGAAACUAAAAGUCGUGCGCGACCCGCUCAACCUGCGAGACCCUCCCCAGGGAGUUAAAAACGUCCCGUCCGAAGUGCAAAGGCCCAGCAGCGCGGGAAACAGCAGCAGUUGAGUCCGGGACGAAGCUGCGGUGAACGAUGAAGAUCUAUUUCUGCGGGAGCAUACGCGGCGGCAGAGUUGACGUGCACAUUUACCGUAGGAUUGUGAAACAGCUGCAGAGCUACGGGUGCGUGCUGACCGAGCACGUGAGUAGCAGUGGGCUCAGUGACAAAGGAGAGGAUGCUGCGGAUGCGGACAAAUUCAUCCAUGACCGAGACGUGGACUGGCUCCUUCAGUCAGAUGUGGUGGUGGCAGAGGUGACACAACCUUCUCUGGGUGUCGGUUACGAACUUGGCCGAGCCGUCGACAUGAAGAAGAAAGUCUUGUGUCUUUUCAGACCCGCAUCAGGCCGCACUCUGUCCGCUAUGAUUCGAGGAGCGAACGACAACAAUCUGUUUAUGGUGAGAGAUUAUGCAGAGGACCAGGCAGAGAAGGUUCUGGAACAGUUCUUCAGCCAGCUUAUCGGAACCUUUGGAGCCCAGAGCCAAUGACCAUCAUAGUUAUACUGGAAACAGACAAAACAAAUCAAUAAAGUUAACAAAAAUA